UCAGAAACCGAAGCCCGGCCAUCAGGGAAAAUGGGAGUCUUCAGGCUUUCCCUAGACCUCACUGGGUUCACCUCUUUGCACACAUUGAACUUGACCUUUGAGAUGCUGCUGACACGCAGGAGUUAAAGCAAUAAGCCCUCCUACCUGCCCUGUAGGGCGGUAGCUUCCAAGGCCACCGCAAACAUGUAUCUGUGUGGACUCCAUCCAGACCCAGGCAGGCAGGGGACAAAGUUUAACAGGAGGGAAUCCUGGGCUGCCGGUAGUUUCACGGGGUCAGUCCAGACUUCAGCAGCACGCCGCCGUUUCAGAGUCCUCUCUUUCAUCAAAGCUCUGUUGCUCUCAUCCUCUGAGUGUCAUCUCAGGACCUGGGUCACCCUCAUGGCACAAUGGCCAGCCCUCAGGAGCACCUGAGCAGCUCCUCUUCACCACACUUGCCCUUGACUGAGAACAAAAGCCCUGCUGGACGAAAUGAACUCACAGCUAUGGGCAACCACCCAUCACCCAAGUUCCCUGAGGACCCACAGGAGAGGGGGGCUCUGCAGUCCGAGCUGAUGGAGAUCACGGGCAGCCCCAUCUCCACGGCGGUGCUGACCAGUGUGAGCGAGGACGCCAGGGCCCAGUUUGAGAACAGUGUUCUUCAGCUACGGGAACAGGAUGAAUCCGAGAUGACCGUGUCUCCGGGGAACAGCACCGCAGUGGAUGGAGACAGCACGGACGGACCUGGAGACAUCAAGAUUCAGUUCAGCAGGUCAGGCAGUGGCAGCGGAGGGUUCCUCGAAGGACUGUUUGGAUGCCUGAGGCCCGUGUGGAACAUCAUCGGGAAGGCCUAUUCCACGGAUUAUAAGCUCCAGCAGCAAGAUACUUGGGAAGUACCCUUUGAGGAAAUCUCAGAGCUGCAGUGGCUGGGCAGUGGAGCACAAGGAGCUGUCUUCCUGGGCAAAUUCCGGGCAGAGGAGGUGGCCAUCAAGAAGGUGAGGGAACAAAAUGAGACGGACAUCAAGCAUCUGAGGAAACUGAAGCACCCGAACAUCAUCGCCUUCAAGGGCGUGUGCACUCAGGCCCCCUGUUACUGCAUCAUCAUGGAGUACUGUGCCCACGGACAGCUGUAUGAGGUCCUGAGAGCCGGCAGGAAGAUCACGCCGCGACUGCUCGUGGACUGGUCCACGGGGAUUGCAAGUGGGAUGAACUAUCUCCAUCUCCAUAAAAUCAUCCACCGUGACCUCAAGUCACCCAAUGUUUUAGUGACUCACACAGAUGCAGUCAAAAUUUCAGAUUUUGGUACAUCUAAGGAGCUCAGUGAUAAGAGCACCAAGAUGUCCUUUGCUGGCACAGUUGCGUGGAUGGCGCCCGAGGUGAUCCGGAAUGAGCCUGUCUCCGAAAAAGUGGACAUAUGGUCUUUUGGAGUGGUGCUUUGGGAGCUGCUGACAGGGGAGAUCCCCUACAAGGAUGUGGACUCCUCGGCCAUCAUUUGGGGUGUUGGAAGCAACAGCUUGCAUCUUCCAGUUCCUUCCACCUGCCCGGAUGGAUUCAAAAUCCUUAUGAAACAGACAUGGCAGAGUAAGCCUCGCAACCGGCCUUCCUUCCGGCAGACGCUCAUGCAUCUGGAUAUUGCAUCUGCGGAUGUGCUCGCCACCCCACAAGAAACUUACUUCAAGUCUCAGGCUGAAUGGAGAGAAGAAGUGAAAAAACACUUUGAGAAAAUCAAAAGUGAAGGGACCUGUAUACACCGAUUAGAUGAAGAACUGAUUCGCCGGCGCAGGGAGGAGCUCAGGCACGCCCUGGAUAUUCGAGAGCACUAUGAGAGAAAGCUUGAGCGGGCUAACAAUCUGUACAUGGAGCUGAGCGCCAUCAUGCUGCAGCUGGAAAUGCGGGAGAAGGAGCUCCUCAAGCGAGAGCAAGCAGUGGAAAAGAAGUACCCUGGGACCUACAAACGACACCCUGUCCGUCCAAUAAUCCACCCCAACGCCAUGGAGAAGCUCAUGAAAAGGAAGGGUGUGCCUCACAAGGCCGGAGUGCAGACUAAGCGGCCAGACCUGUUGCGUUCCGAAAGCAUCCCCAGUACAGAAGUGGUUCCCAGUGCGUCCCCUCUGUCUGCAAGUCCCAAAAUGGGCGCCUCAAGCACCAAGAGCCGAUACCGAAGCAAACCGCGUCACCGCCGAGGGACUAGCAGGGGCAGCCAUAGUGACUUUGCAGCCAUCUUGAAAAGCCAGCCAGCCCAGGAAAACUCCCCACACCCCAGCUACCUGCACCACGCUCAGGCUCAGUGCUCUCCCGUCCUUCAGCAUGAUCCUCUUCAGCAGCAAUACCAGCAACUCCCUCCCGCCCUGCCACAGAGCCGCCAUCCCAGACUCAACACUCACGGUCAGGAUAUUGCAACCUGCGCCAAUAACCUGAGGUACUUUGGCCCGGCGGCGGCCCUGCGGAGUCCACUCAGCAACCAUGCGCAGAGACAGAUGCCUGGCUCCAGCCCGGACCUCAUCUCCACAGCCAUGGCAGCAGAUUGCUGGAGAAAUUCAGAACUUGACCGGGACCAAGUCGGACCCUGGGGCUGUUGCCAGGCGGAACCUUAUGAUCCCUGUUUCCAGUGCAGGCCAGAGCAUUCUGGGUCUUUAGAUGUUCCCACACCUGAGCCAACACACAAUCCUCUUUGGGGAAAUGCCCAAAGCUCUGAGAGAACGGAGGCAAAUGGAUUUAAUGGCUGUCAAUCUGGUGUUUCUCAUCAAUUCACACCCCCAAUGCUACCUCAAAAGCCGCGGCCCCUUCACAAGAGUGGAGAUGACUCUUCGGAAGAGGAAGGGGAAGUGGACAGUGAAGUGGAAUUUCCUCGAAGACAGAGGCCUCACCGCUGCAUUAGCAGUUGCCGUUCGUACUCCACACUCAGCUCCGAGAACUUCUCUGUGUCUGAUGGGGAGGAAGGAAACACCAGUGACCACUCAAACAGCCCCGACGACUCAGCCGGCAGACGGGGAGAGCGCCUGGCGGAGACACUGGAUGACCUGCUGUCACAGACACCCGAGGCCCCCAUCGAGAUCUCCUCCCACUCCGAUGGGCUGUCUGACAAGGAGUGUGCAGUCAGGCGAGUCAAGACACAGAUGUCUCUGGGCAAGCUGUGCGCUGCCGAGGAGCGCGGCGGCUACGAGAACCCUGUGCAGUUUGGAGACUCAGACUGCGACUCCUCGGAAGGGGAGUGUUCUGAUGCCACAGUUAGGACCAGCAAGAGCUACAGCUCCGCCACUUGGUGACAAAGGCUCUCCAUCAGGUCUGGAGACCUUGACAUCGCAACUCCUCUCCGGCGCUAGACUCCUCCCUCCUGCAUCUGCCUGGGAGGAGUGGCCCCAAUCCCAGAAACAAGCCUUAGUGGCAGGAACAUGAGACUUGUCAAAUCUCUGGGGAAAUACCCAAAUGAAAUUACGUCUUCGCUGAGCAUUUCAAUCAAGAAUGGCAGGGAUCUAUUGUACCGAAUACUCCAGCUACUGUAACAUUGAUAUUUAUUUUUGUUGGACAUUUUAACACUUUGUAUUGUAAAGAGUGAACUAUAUAUGAUACACAGACACAAUAAUUUCUUUACAAAAAAAAAAAAAAAGGAAAGGUUGCUGUUUAGGAGCAAUAUUUGGAAUUUGUGGGGCUAGGAGAUGUCACUGCCGCUUGAACACAAGACCGGGUCUUUUCUUCCAUGCUUGGAGAGUAGUAAGCAGAUACACUGAACAUUUAAAACACAAGCCAAGGGGAGUGCAGCCACGUUAAACUCAGCCAGCUUGUCCGUGUGAGCGGUGGGGAUGACCUGGAAGCUGAGAGCUCUCAUAGCACCAGCGCCUUGGAGGAAAACACAGGCAGAAUGGCAGCUGCACAUCUGGAAGCCAUUUCAUCUGAAGCUUAAGUAGAAGCUGGUAGCCAGGGUUCCGGGGCAUCCGCUGGUAGCCAGGGCUCCGGCAGCAUCAGGUCUUGCCCUUAAGCAAAUGUUUCCUUUCUGAUGCUGCCACUGUCACAACCUUGACCAGCACCGUUUCUCCCAAGUAGCUGCCUUUCUUUUCACCUGUUGGCCGUUUCUUUUAGGAAAGAAAAG